GGGCUGAAGGCGAACACUACGCACCCCGCUCCCGCUGGCGCAGGAAGGCGCGCCAGUGGGGCUCUACGCUCCCCCAGUGUGAGGACCUCGGCUGACUGACUGGGAAACUGAGGCCCACAGAGGGAAGUGACCUGGUAGAUGGCCCACAGGAAAACAGACGCUGAAUCCGGUCUAGAACCCCGGUCUUCCAGGCCAUGCUCUGGCUUCUGCACCCUGAGGGUCCCUGGGAGGUCCUCCCCUUUGGACAUUCCCGACCGCGGGCCUUCCGAGCCCGGAAUCUCCCUGGGGUUUGCGCACAGCUUGGCAUAUUGCAAACUUCCGUGCUCCGCACCAGCUUCGCGGCGCCCGGAGUAAGAGGGGAGCGAAGGACCACCGCCACCUUAAAGGAUUUUGGGAUGCCAGGAGGGAAGAAGGUGGUUGGGGGCAGUGCUGCCCCCGCCAUCGCCGCUGCUGCCUCCUCUGGGACCAGGCGUUUGGAGACCAGCGAAGGGGCCUCAGCCCAGAGAGAUGAUGAGCCAGAAGAGGAAGGGGAAGAGGACCUGCGAGAUGGAGGUGUCCCCUUCUUUGUCAACCGGGGUGGACUGCCUGUGGACGAGGCCACCUGGGAAAGGAUGUGGAAGCACGUAGCCAAGAUCCACCCUGAUGGAGAAAAGGUGGCCCAGCGGAUCCGUGGGGCCACAGACCUGCCCAAGAUUCCCGUACCGACUGUGCCUACGUUCCAGCCCUCCACGCCCGUCCCUGAGCGCCUGGAAGCUGUGCAGCGCUACAUCAGGGAGCUGCAGUACAAUCACACAGGGACCCAGUUCUUUGAAAUUAAGAAGAGCAGACCCCUCACAGGGCUGAUGGACCUGGCCAAGGAAAUGACCAAAGAGGCUCUGCCAAUCAAAUGCCUGGAAGCCGUGAUCCUGGGAAUUUACCUCACCAACAGCAUGCCCACCCUGGAACGCUUCCCCAUCAGCUUCAAGAGCUACUUCUCAGGGAACUACUUCCGCCACAUCGUGCUGGGGGUGAACUUCGGCGGCCGCUACGGGGCCCUGGGCAUGAGCCGGCGCGAGGACCUGAUGUACAAGCCCCCGGCCUUCCGCACGCUCAGCGAGCUCGUGCUGGACUACGAGGCCGCCUACGGCCGCUGCUGGCACGUGCUCAAGAAGGUGAAGCUGGGCCAGUGCGUGUCCCACGACCCGCACAGCGUGGAGCAGAUCGAGUGGAAGCACUCCGUCCUGGACGUGGACCGGCUGGCCCGCGAGGACUUCCGCAAGGAGCUGGAGCGCCACGCCCGCGACAUGCGGCUCAAGAUUGGCAAAGGGACAGGCCCUCCCUCCCCAACCAAGGACCGGAAGAAGGACGUGUCCUCCCCACAGCGGAGCCAGUCCAGCCCACACCGCAGAAACAGCCGCAGUGAAAGGCGGCCCUCGGGUGAGAAGAAGCCUUCCGAGCCCAAAGCCAUGCCAGACCUCAAUGGAUACCAGAUCCGGGUGUGAGGCGGUGCCGCAUCCCAGCCUCGCCCCCUUCGGGGGCCUGGAUCUCCUGCCAGAACCAGCCUGGCUCGUGGGGAAGGAAGGGCCGGGGACGGAGCAGGUGCGAGGCUGCAGCUCAGCCACCCAGGCUGCUGCCCCUCCCCCUGGGCCAAGCCUCCUAACUUUGGGCUGAGAGGCAGUUAGCAUUUUAUGUGGAGUUUUUAACUUGACAACUAAAGUUUACGGUAUUUUUGGGAAAUACGAAAAAUGUAAUGGAUCUGCCAGUGGCUGGCCGGCCUGUGCCAAGGAGAACUAAGUGCCACCUGGCUGGGUGAGGAGGGGUUGCUGGCUCUGCUGGUUCCCCUGCCCCUGCCGACUCGGAUUUGGGUCCAUCCCGUGUAUGGGAAAUCUCCCAGCCCACUAGGCCUGUGGCAGGACGGCAGAGGGGUGGAGGCGUCUCUGCACGUCACCUGUCCCGGCAGCAUCUUGACACAGGGAGAAGGAAGCAGGGUCGGAAUCAUCCUAGGAGAGGUCUGUGUGGCCCCUAUCAGGAGCUUGAUACAAGUGACAUCUCCUCCAAGUGCAGGAGUCCAUGGCCCAGGAGAGCCUGCAGGCCCUUGCAGCCCCAUGGGCGAUGAUGCUGUGUGAACUGGCACUGCCUACUGGCACGCCCCCUGCUGGGGGGCUGUAGGGAAGCUCAGGAGAGGACCGUUGGGGAAAGAGUUCCUACGCCCCUCCCCGUCUUGCUCAGCUGAGCUCUGCCUCUUGCUGAAGCUGGAGCUCCCUGCAGAGGGGAUAGGCUUUGCCAAGGGCUCAGAUUUGCACUGUGCUCAGCAUGAUUGUAGGGACUGAGCAGAGCUGGCGGGUCCAGGAACUGUGGCUGGGGACAGGGUGGUACACUCAGGCCUGGGUCUGUCCCCUGGCAGUCCCCAGGGAUGGGUACUGCUCCUCCCUCCUUUGUUCUCUCAGCCCUUGUUGGGGAAAUGAAGACCAGACCAGAAUGUUUGUGCCCCAGGCCCACCUCCCCUCAUUUAGCAGCCUGUUUAGGUUGGGGGGUCCCUGUGAUGGUCAGGCCUGUUGCCAGGAAGAACCUGAACAGCCAGAGUCUGCACAGCUUUCCCGUCUGGCAUGAGAGAACUGGGGAGCAGUUGAGAGGUUGUGGGAAGAGGUUGGUGGGGCUGGGUGAAGGUUCUAGAGGUUUAAGCAACAAGGAGGUGUAGGACAAGGGUACAGUGUGGCCCCUGAGGAGGGACAGAGCCUGAGAACUGGGUGAUGUAAGUGAGAAAAGGAUGUGGGGGAGAAUUUAGAGUAGUGAGUUCCCUGUUGCUGGAGGUAUUCAAGCAAUGACUCGACUACUUAUCAGGAAGCUGUUGAGAGGAUUCAGGUUAUGGAAGGGUAGCUGGAUGAGAGGACCAAUGAGGUUUCUUUUAACUGAGAGGCUAUGAUUCAGCCAGGGGCAGCUGUUAGGAAGGCUGCGGAGGGGCUGGGAGCCUGGAAAAGGGAGGAUCAGAACUGGAGUUGUAAACUCAAAUGCCUUCCAGGGCCAGGCAGGUGAUAAGAGGACGACUGCAGGGCUCGGUGGGGACUGUGGCAAACCAGAGAGGGCAUAUACUCCAUUAUAGUGGCCGCUGCUGCUCAGCUGUUCUGAGUGCAGGCCCUGCAUUGCCAGAUUUUCUGAUUUUUUUCCACAGGCCAGAACUCUGGAUUUUUAUGUGAAAUAUCCUGAUUUGUAAAUGUUGGCAAUCAGUUCAGGAAAUUUAGAAAACCAACAUGAGAGAGAAUGCCUACUUGUAUUGUCUGAAGGAGAGAGAGCGUGCUGGAAAGAAGUCCGGAUGUGCUCUGAGGUGGGAAGGAUGAAAGUUCUAGGCUUCCCAGGGCAGGCUGGGCCAGGACAGGGGUCUGGCUGCUGAGGCUGCCAGAGUGGGCAGCUGUCCCCUGUUCGUCUUCUGCACUCACUCUCCCUGAAGUCCAGAGACCCCCCCAUGGUUGCCAUGUCGCCAGAGGGUGGAGUAGAGAGUGCGGUUCGCAGCCUGCCCUGGAGAUGGAUCGCACUCAGGAAGCAGAGGAGGAGGAAGGCGGGGAGACACUCUGCUGAGGCAAGUGCCCAUCAGGGAAGGCACCAGGCUGGCAGCUCUUCAGACCGGCAGCUCUCAGCCCAGAGCCAGACCCAGCAGGAAGGCCAGCCGGUCAGCCCUUGGGUUCUUCAUGAGUCACUGGUCCCUGGGGAGGUACUUAACCUGACCCCUUGGCUGCACCCCAGCCAGACCAUCCAAGGGCCAUGGUGACCGCCGACUCACCACCCAUCCCAGUUUCGGGACGUGGAGUGGUGGUCCCAUGUUGCCACAGUCACCUAAGACAGAGCUGGCUCCCUUCUGGGAGGCAUGAGUCUAAGGAGGAGGCCAUUUCUAGGUCUGGAUGUGGGUGCCUUGUGUAGGCCGCUCAGCAGGGAAGGGGUCCUGGCUGCCCCAGUGGACCAUGGGGCUUGAGGGGACAAGAUGUGAGGCAGCUGGGAGCUUGGGCCGGGAAACAGGGAAGCUGCCCCAACCACAGGUUCCUUCCACGGGCCUCUGGGGAGCAGGAGGCAGCGUGAAGUCCACACUCCAGCUGCUCCCUGUGAGGGAGGGAGCUGACCAUUCCAGUCGAUAAUCCCUGAGCACUCGCCCUUCCUCGCUAAGACCGUGGGCCUCUGGAGACCGCCACAGGAUACAGCGGUGCUUUUUCAUUUAUUUUUAACUGUUUCUCAUAUGUAGCAACCCCGUCGCCCCUCUGGGCGUGUUUACACAGGCUCUGCUCCCUGGGGCCGGCCUGGCUGCAGAGUUCCUGGGGAGGCAGAGCAGGGACCUCGGGGCCUUCGUCAGCAUCCUCAGUGUCACCUCAUCUCACUUCCUGUGAGGGACAGGAGCCUGGCUCCUCCUGACAGGACUGCCCUCCAGCUCUUGGCAUGGGCUCCUCUGACCCCAGGGGUGUGGGCUGCCGCCUGAGCAGGCGUCACGGUGAGGUCACAGAAAGCUGCCGGAUGAAGGUGGGU